AUGGAUAGGUUGCCAGCAAUGACAAACAUCCUUCUGCUCACUGGGCUGCUGUCGGUGGUGUUGCUCGUUCUGUAUCGACGAGCCCUGCCCAAGCCCAUUCCAGGCAUUCCUUAUAAUGUCGAAGCUACAAAAACAAUCCUUGGUGAUAUCCCAGCCUUGACUCGACACUUAUCAGGUACAAAGGAGGUGUUUCCUUGGAUGCGCUUCCAGAACAUCAAAUUGAACUCGCCUAUCAUUCAACUAUUCAUCAAACCACUGUCGAAGCCAUGUGUGAUCAUUACAGACUACAAGGAAACGCAGGACAUAUUGACGCGCCGGACGAAGGAAUUUGACCGGUCCCCUCUUUUUAGCGACAUUUUCCAUGGAGUAAUGCCAAACCAUCACAUCACAAUGAGAUCGACAGAUGAGAGGUUUCCGGCCAAUAAGAAGCUUAUACAGGGGACGAUGUCUCCUCAAUUCGUGAACGAUGUGCUGGCACCGCAAGUCUACUCAGCAACAGAGACGUUGUUAGAGUUUUGGAAAGUGAAAUCGGAGCUUGCCCAAGGCCGUCCAUUCGAUUCGAGAGACGAUAUCCUUGAGACUUUGCUGGACACUAUCUCCGUCUCAACAUUUGGACUUUCUCGCUCAGAUGGUGCGAUUUCCGCACAACUUGCGUUUCUUCGAGACGCCACUGGUCUUCGCGAGACAAUUCCAACUGCUACCACCACCCCAGUGGAGUUUUCACGUGCCCAACGCCCGCCUAUCAUUGAUGCUUUCAUUACCCUCACGCAGAGCAUGGUUGUAUGUGCGGAAUCUCCAAUUCCUAGGCUACAUCACUGGUUUCUGAGACAAUUCCCAAGCAUGCGUCGCUCAAAAGCAUUGAAAGAGACCAUGAUUUCUCAACAAUUAGCCUGGGGAUUGAAACGACUCAGUGGUAAAGGUGCUGAGCAAAUAUCAACGUGUGUGUUGGACGACAUCGUCCGCCGGGAAAUCAAAAUGGCCGAAAAGGAAAAACGAGCCCCGGAUUGCCAAAGUAGGGCCAUCUUUGACGAGUUAUAUGGAUUUGUUACUGGAGGAGUUGACACUACCGGUUCCACUUUAAUGUGGGCGAUCAAAUAUCUUUCGGAAAACCAGGAUGCUCAAUCUCGACUACGAGAGUCCUUGCGUGAUGCGUUUUCUACAGCUGCCGAGCAGGCUCGUAAACCAACAGUCCAAGAAAUAACUAAAACGCGGAUUCCAUAUCUCGAGGCGACCAUGGAAGAGAUCUUUCGAAUGGCUGUAACUAUACCAUCGCAUGUCCGUACUGCCACCGAGGACGCCGUGGUCCUAGGCCAUGUCAUUCCGAAAGGAACAGAUGUGUUUUUGUCCAUUAACGGCCCUGGAUUUACUUCACCCGGAUUUGAAAUCGACGAAAAGAAGCGAAGCGAAAGCUGCUCUUCAAUCAGGGACGACGACCGUAAACAAUGGGAAUUGAACGACAUGAACCUAUUCCGUCCAGAGCGCUGGCUAGUCACGGACCAAAACGGGAACGAAUCUGUGGAUCAUGCAGCAGCGCCACAAAUGCUGUUUUCACUGGGGCCCCGAAGCUGCUUUGGGAAGAGGCUGGGCCAGCUGAAUAUGCGGGUGCUUCUGGUGCUUUUGACUUGGCAUUUUCAAUUCCAGCCGUUGCCAGAGGAGCUGAUUUCCGAUGAUGGCAUUGAGAAAUUCACUCGCCAGCCACGGCUGACCUUUGUGCGACUUGCAGAAGCAAGCUGA